AAGCUACGUGUAUCGCGGUGAGGGUUCAUAGGUCAGGGGUUGCCAACUAAUGAGGAAAAUGGCGGCGGGCGGACCGACCUGCAGGCUUCGAUAAAACAGGGUUAGCAGGCAGCUCAUACUUUAAGAGGAAAGCGCAUGUAUCGCACAUUCACGCCACUACCCUUUAAGGCGCUUUCAAGGAAUACGGACACACAUGGCACUGCUCUAUGGCUUGUUAUGGCGGCUACUCCUGCUUCUGGUCCACAUCAACAGAGCGCUAGUCGUCUGGCUUCGUUUCCGGCUUUGGGGCUGGAAGAGGCGGCUGUGGGAGCGGGCGAUGGCCGGGCUGCUGCUGCCAGUAGCUCUGGCCGGAUUCCCGGACCACCAGAAGACAACGAAUCAAAACCCCGAUGCUAACACUAGUCCGGGGACGGCAAAGCGCCUCGCAUUUCGCCGCUCGCGGUGGCUCUCUGACGGCAGGUCUCUGGAAAAGCUGCCGGUGCACAUCGGCCUGAUUGUGACCGAAGAAGAGCCCAGCUAUACGGACAUAGCGAACCUGGUGGUCUGGUGUAUGGCUGUGGGCAUUUCUUAUGUCAGCGUCUAUGAUAAUCACGGGACGUUUCGCAAGAACAACUCCCGUCUGCUGGAGGAGAUAGUGAGGCAGCAGCAGGACUUACUCGGUGGGGAUGGAUCCAAAUGCAAUGUGGAGUUCCUUAGCAACGGCACUGACAAACACCACGUGGUUUCCUGCAGGCCCACUGUGAAGGUGUUGUCUCCAGAGGACGGGAAGCAGAGCAUCGUACAGGCGGCGCGGCAGCUGUGUCGCUCUGUGGAGAACAAAGAGAAGGGCUCCAAAGACAUCAGCGUCUCCAUGCUGGACGUCCUGCUCAGAGAGUCGAAGAAUGUCCCCGACCCUGAACUGGUGGUGAAGUUUGGUCCUGUGGACAGCACGCUGGGCUUCCUCCCCUGGCACAUUAGACUCACUGAGUUCAUGUCCUUGCCCUCCCACAGAAAUGUCUCCUAUGAGGACCUGCUGGGUAUCCUUCAGCGGUUUGACUCUUGUCAGCAGCGGCUUGGCCAGUGAUAUGCCGCCCCCUCCCUCUGUGUCCGCCUCAGAAAAGAGGUGUGGGGGUGCACACAAUCAAGAGAGUUUGGCCAAGCAGUGCACCCCUCAACGCAUCACUGCGUCCCUCAACUCCCCUGCUUUACCUCACUCUGUCUCUUGGGUCUUUGAUUGACUCAAAAGACAAGCUCUAGGACUACCAGGGGCCGGCCCCGCUCACUUCCUGCCGCCCGCUCUCGUCUCCCAUUCCAGGACUUUGGCACCGCACACACUGACGUGAGUGCGCAGGCCUUUUUCCUCUCCCCCCCCCCCCUUAUCUGCUCACUGAUUGUCAUUCAGUUUCCAGCUGCUGUUGUCUGCCGUGGGUUCAGAACAUUUCGCCCCGCCCCCUUCACCCGGCCAGACAACAAAGGAAGAAACUAGGCUUUGUGCUUGUCUUCGCACGGGAAAUACGACGACGAAGUAGAAGAAAGACGCUCGAUUCCACCAACCACAAGAGGCGGAGUUUGAUCUUGGGGGCAGAUCGGUUAAUAAUGUGGAAAUGUGAGAAGUUUGUUUGUUGUCCCAGUGGCGUGUUGCUUCAGACACAUACAGGCGUUUGUCCAUGGCUCCUAUCUGCCUGACCAAACUUUGCAAUACAGAAAUGCUGCCGUUUGUCCCAUUGAAACUCAAUAACAACUCGUAUAUCCACCUCAAGCUGACAUCAAUUUGUCAAACUUAUUUUUGAGUGACACUUCACACGCAACUACUCAUAGGUUUGACAAACACUACGACCUUUAAUAUUUAACUUGGCCAUCUCAACGUCAAUAUAUGAAAACACUCAAAAUACAUUUUUUGAGAAACGCGAGCAGUGAGAAGUUAAGUUUAAGUAGAAAAAAAACCCAAUAUUGACCCAGGAGUACAUUUUGACUGGUCAAACAUGGAUGUUAAAGUUGUGAACUCUUUCAUCUAAGCUAGAUGUGCAGAAAAUGAUUUUCGAAUAUAGUUUAGGUAAACGAAAAAACUGACAUUUCUACUUCCAUCUUGUUUUAUUUGGGGUUUUUUUUUAUUCCUCUUGCGACAGUGCCCCUUCCCCUUGCCUGAUGGAGGGGAGGUGUUCACUUCCUUUUUGUAAAUGUAAUGAACACCUAGAGGGAUUUUUCCCCCCAAGUUUGCUGCAAACAAUCAACUUGGAUUCAAGGAUGACCUGAUUAACUUUGUAGGUCACUGUGGCUUCACGUCUGUCCCAUUUUUCGAAAGGUAAUUUUCAGCAAAUUGGCACAACUGUCCACCUUGACCAAAAUUCAACUUAUUAGAAUUUUAUAGCAUAAAGAUCACUGACCUAACAAUCUUUUUUUUCUCCCAUAAUUCAGGAAUAAAUGUGCUAAUUGUGACAAUUUCACAUACAUGUCUAAUGCAUAUUGAAGGUUUGAUCUUUUUGUAAUAGCCUUCCUGUGAAUUUCAACAUGACUGGUUGGCGAUAGCAUCCAUCUGCACGGCAAUUAUUGUAGUUAAUUUGCCAAUGGAAAUAAAUGAGAACCAUGUUGAUGCUCUA